AUGAGGCAAGAAAUUCCGCAGUAUGCCAAUAAUUGCGUAAGAAUAUUUCAAUUUCAGGUUUGCAACGCAUCUUUAGAGGUGUACGUUCGUCGUGCGUACACGUCAUACGAUAUUACGUGUCUACAACAUUUAGCGUUGUCUGGAGAACUUGGCGUUGUUCACUUCCAGUUUGUGUUACCUACUGGACAUCCUAAUAGGAUACCAAUUAGUCAAUCAGAGAUCGAGCUAUCAGCUGCCCAAGAUCAAGAGGGCGUUCCAGCGGAACUGUCGACAGCUGCAAUGAGGAAAUGUCAUCAUCGUACUGGUGCUUUGGCGGCUUUCAAUUCAUUUGAACAGUUCGUGGAGUAUUCUGAUGAGUUGCUGGAUCUGGUCCAUGAUUUUGCCAGCACAGCUACUGUUAGACGAGAGGAUCUUCAAGCGCUACAAGAUGGGAGUGAAAGUCGAGACAGCACUAGUAUUAACGUUGGCAUGGACUAUAAGCAAAUCGUUGAGGAGGAGGUGCCCCUAGAACCGAUACAUAUUCUCAUGAUUGGUAUCCGAAACACCGGUGAAGCCGACGACAGCGCGGUAUCGCGUCGUUUCGGACACUUUUGCCGCGCACACGCAAGGGAAUUACACCAGAAACGCAUACGACGAAUCACCUUUAUGUUGUUGAUCAAACGCCAGUUCCCGAAAUUCUUUACAUACCGAGCUCGAAAUGAUUUCAAAGAAGACACAAUCUACCGGCAUCUGGAGCCGGCAUCCGCUUUCCAGCUGGAGCUGUACCGCAUGAGGAGCUAUGACCUGGAAGCUCUGCCCACAAGCAACCAGAAGAUGCACCUGUAUCUUGGAAAGGCUAAGGUAAAGAAAGGCCAAGAGGUGACCGACUUUAGGUUCUUCAUCCGAUCCAUCAUUAGACACCAGGAUCUCAUCACCAAAGAGGCCAGUUUCGAAUAUCUCCAAAAUGAGGGUGAAAGGAUGUUGCUAGAAGCAAUGGACGAACUGGAAGUGGCCUUUUCACACCCGUUGGCGAAGAGGACUGAUUGUAACCACAUCUUCUUGAACUUUGGACCUACUAUUCUGAUUGAUCCAGCAAAGAUAGAGGACUCAGUGUUGGGUAUGGUGAUGAGAUACGGUCCUCGUCUUUGGAAGUUGAGAGUUUUGCAAGCUGAAAUCAGAUUUACCUUGAGAGUUGGUCCCGGAUCCCCAACGAAGACAAUUCGUCUGUGCCUCUCAAAUGGCUCUGGAUAUUCCCUGGACGUAUACAGUUAUGAAGAGGUCUCCGACCCUAAGACUGGUGUGAUAAUAUUCCAAUCCUAUGGCCCCAAACAAGGACCCAUGCAUGGUCUUCCGAUAUCCACGCCUUAUGUUACCAAGGAUUAUCUGCAGCAGAAACGGUUUUUGGCCACUUCACAAGGAACAACAUAUGUAUACGAUAUACCGGAUAUGUUUAGACAAAUGGUGGAAGACCAAUGGCGGGACUAUAUCGAAGAGGGAUCUGUUGAUGGUCCAAGGCCAGACAACGUGAUGAAUCUGGUGGAGUUGGUGAUGGAGAAUGAUGGAGAGAGACGGAUCAUGGAAGUUACAAGAUUGCCUGGACAGAAUAAUGUCGGAAUGGUCGCAUGGCGCAUUACCCUAUUCACCCCGGAGUAUCCCGAGGGAAGAGAUAUUGUCCUCAUAGCCAAUGACCUUACUUACUACAUGGGCUCGUUCGGACCACAAGAAGACUGGGUGUACUUUAGGGCAUCAGAAUAUGCGCGGGAGCACAAAAUACCGAGGGUGUACGUAAGCGUAAACUCGGGUGCGCGUAUUGGAGUCGCUGAGGAAGUGAAGUCCGAAUUCAAAGUAGCCUGGAUUGACGCAGAACACCCCGAUCGAGGCUUUAAGUAUCUCUAUUUGAGCCCCGAAGCCUAUUCUCGUUUGGGUCCUAUGGGGUCUGUGAAGACGACAUUGAUAGAUGAUGAAGGGGAGACCAGAUAUAAGAUCACUGAUGUUAUCGGCAAAGAAGAUGGUCUGGGUGUGGAAUGUCUGCGGGACGCGGGUUUGAUUGCUGGGGAAACAGCACAGGCGUAUGAAGACAUCGUCACCAUCUCUGUUGUUACGUGCAGGGCUAUUGGUAUUGGAUCUUAUGUUGUCAGAUUAGGCCACCGAGUCAUCCAAGUAGAAUCGUCGUACAUAGUUCUAACUGGUUACAUGGCGUUGAAUAAAUUACUGGGCAAACCGGUUUACGCCAGUAAUAACCAGUUGGGUGGUAUACAGAUUAUGUACAAUAACGGUGUGACACACGCCGUGGCGCCAUCUGACCUUGAGGCCAUAAGAACCACAGUCAAAUGGCUCUCGUACAUACCUAAAGAUAAACUAAGCAUAGUGCCCAUACUGCGGAGUGCAGACCCAAUAGAUAGACCAGUAGAAUGGGUUCCACCGAGAACUGCUCAUGACCCACGGUUUAUGCUCACGGGUGAAGGAAAUCGACUCGGAUUCUUCGAUGCUGGUUCAUUUGAUGAGAUAAUGCGUCCGUGGGCACAGACUGUUAUAGCCGGUCGUGCCCGUCUCGGAGGUAUUCCCGUGGGAGUUAUAGCAGUUGAGACUCGUACAGUGGAAUUGACCUUACCAGCCGAUCCAGCCAACUGGGACUCCGAGGCCAAAACUGUUCAGCAGGCCGGACAGGUCUGGUUCCCGGAUUCAUCCUACAAGACGGCUCAGGCAAUAAAUGACUUCACUCGAGAAGGAUUGCCCAUUAUUAUAUUUGCUAACUGGCGAGGCUUCAGCGGGGGUCAGAAGGAUAUGUACGAACAAAUCCUGAAGUUCGGAGCUGAAAUAGUCCGAGCGUUACGUGGGGCAACAGCUCCAGUUAUAGUUUACAUUCCUCCGGGGGCGGAGUUAAGGGGCGGGGCUUGGGCGGUCGUUGACCCCAGUGUCAAUGGCAAUAGGAUGGAGAUGUACGCUGACAAUGAUGCCAGGGGUGGUGUAUUAGAACCGGAAGGAAUUGUCGAAGUCAAGUUCAAGCAACGGGAUAUAGUCAAAACAAUGCAUCGUUUAGAUCCGGAACUAUUGAGAUUGGGCGCUAGGAUAUCUGAGCUGAAAGAACAAAUAAAGGAUAUAUCAAAGAAUUUAGACCGAAGAGGCUCUGUGGACGAAGUCCUCAUUAAAACGGACGUCGGCAGACAAGCUGAAAGUAAAAUAAGAGAUUUGGAAAGCGAAUUAACUACAGGGGAAAAGAAUGCCAAAGUCAGGGAAAAGGAGUUGGCGCCGGUAUACCACCAGAUUGCAAUCCAAUUCGCCGAACUCCAUGAUACAGCGGAACGUAUGCUCGAAAAAGGUUGCAUAUUCGACAUCGUUCCCUGGAAGAACUCCCGGAAGAUCCUCUACUGGAGACUGCGAAGGCUCUUGCACCAGAACCUUCAAGAGAGGAGGGUUCAGAAUGCCACGGGGCCGGACAGCAUCGACCAGAGGGCCGCUGCCGCUACCUUGAGGAGGUGGUUCACGGAGGACCGGAGGGGAGACACAGGUACAUUUGUAGCUAAAAGGCAUCUAAGAUUGUCUCACCAAUGGGAGAACGAUAACGAAGCGGUUUGUCGGUGGUUGGAACAACAAGCGUUGGACCAGGAUUCGGUUCUCGAGAGAAACCUGAGAGCCAUCAAGCAGGAUGCUGUACUUCAAAACGUCAACCAGCUUGUCAUGGAACUAACUCCGUCCCAACGUGCUGAAUUCAUGAGAAAAUUAUCGGCUUUAGAAAUAGAACAGGAUUACAACAAUUAG